AUGUUUGGAUACACAGAAAGAGAAAAGCCAGCCUGGCAACUUCAGUUUAUAUAUGACUAUGAUGUCAGUAGAAAUGUUCGUGCCUUUUGUAAAAGUUUUUGUGAAUGUUUGCUCAUGAUUUCAGCUGAGCUCACUGCUGCUCACUUUGGAGGGGGUGGAGGUCUCCUUCGUAGGAAAGCACCAAGUGGGGAACAAGAUAAAGAAGAGGAAAAACCUAAAUCUCGCAAGGAGCUGAUUGAAGAGCUGAUUGCCAAAUCCAAACGAGAGAAAAGAGAGAGACAAACUCAGAGAGAAAAUGCCUUGGAACUCACAGAAAAACUUGACACUGAUUGGAAAGAAAUCCAAACCCUUCUCUCCCACAAAACCCCUAAGUCAGAGAGGAAAGAUAAAGACGAGGAUAAACCCAAGCCUGAUGAGUAUGAUAUGAUUGUUCGAGAACUUGGGUUUGAGAUGAAGGCACAACCCUCUGACAGGUUGAAAACUGAGGAAGAAUUGGCAAAAGAGGAGCAAGAAAGACUUCAGAAAUUAGAGGCCGAUAGACUACAUCGAAUGCAUGGAAAAGAUGAACAUGAGAACAAAAAGAAACCCAAGCAUAUGUCAGCUGAUGAUUUAGCAGAUGGCUUCAUCCUGGAUAAAGAUGACAGACGUUUACUUUCUUAUAAAGAUGGAAAAAUAAAUGUUGGAAAUGAAGAGAAAGAAGGUGGAAAUGAAGAAGAGAGUGAAAGUGAAGAAGAAAGUGAGGGAGAACCUACUAGGGAAGAUGGGGAAGAAGCAAUUGUUGAGGAAGAUGAUGCUACAGAUAGUCCCUCUGAUCUUGAAUCUGACAUGGGGAGCGAGGAAGAGGUAACUGCAGAUGAAGACCAGAAAAAGAAACACAAAGGAAACGAAAAUAAAUUGCAAAGUGAGAAAGAACAAAAUGCUAAGAUAGAAGCUGCCAAAUCUGAGCUUCCAUACACAUUUACUGUUCCAGAAUCCUGUGAAAAACUUAAAUCUUUACUGUUUGGAAGAAUAAUAGAAGAACAGCUUGUUAUCUUAGAGAGGAUUCAGAAGUGCAAUCAUCCAAGCCUUGCAGUAGGAAACAAAGCAAAGUUAGAAAAACUAUUUGGCUUCCUUUUGGAGUACAUUGGAGAGUUAGCAACUGUGGAACCACCAGAGCUCAAAAUGAUUGACAAAUUGGUCCUACCAUUGUACAGUCUUUGCCAGAUGUUUCCUGAAGCUGCAAGUAAUAGCGUUAAAUUUGUCCUCCAAGAUGCUGCACAUGACAUGGAAGAAAUGAUUGAAGUCAAAGGUCGGGCAACAUUUCCAAAGCUAGACAUGCUCAUUUAUUUGAAAAUUACUGCAAUACUGUUUCCUACUUCUGACUUCUGGCACCCGGUAGUAACACCUGCAUUUGUGUAUAUGAGCCAGUUACUUACUAAGUGCCAAGUCAUGACGCUACAAGAUGUUGUUAAAGGAUUGUUUGUGUGUUGUUUAUUCCUGGAAUAUGUAUCGCUAUCUCAAAGAUUCAUACCAGAGCUUAUCAAUUUCCUCCUUGGAAUACUUCACAUUGCUGUACCCCAAAAACGAACACAGGGCUAUACUUUAGUGCAUCCUUUCCGAUCAGGAGGAAAAAAUUCAGAAUUACUUUUGGUCUGUGAUAAGAAGAAUAUGGAGACCUGGCAAAAACAAAAUCUGCCACUCAGUAUUGUGACUAGGUUAAAGGAAAGCAGCAAAACAGAAAUGAAUCAUUUCAGGUUAUCAUGUCUAGCCGUAUGUUUGGAUCUUAUUAAGAAAUGUGCAUCUCUCUAUGGAUCUUUGUCAUCCUUCCAUGAGAUAAUGCUACCCAUCAGAGUACUACUUACAGAACACAUACCAGUGAGUGAAUACCCUAAACAACUGCAGGAGUUGCAUCAAAAUGCUCUGAAAGAGAUAGAGGACAAAGAAAAACACUAUAUGCCAUUGGUGUGUGAGAAAAAAAAGCCUGUGCCAUUGAAACUGUACACCCCCAAAAUAGUAAAAGUCCUGGAGUUUGGGAGAAAACAGGGAGGCAGCAAAGAGGAGCAGGAAAGAAGGAGGCUGAUUCACAAACACAAACGUGAAUUUAAAGGAGCUGUUCGGGAAAUCCGCAAAGAUAACCAGUUCCUUGCUAGAAUGCAGCUUUCAGAAAUUAUGGAAAGGGAUUCUGACAGAAAAAGAAAAGUGAAACAUCUUUUCAAUAGCCUUGCUACCCAGGAAGGUGAAUGGAAAGCAAUGAAGCGGAAGAAGUUUAAAAAUUAAGACAGUGACAUUCUACAACAAGAAACGCUGGAACGUUUUAUAUUGUACCUGAAAAUAAAAAUGUUCUCAUGGGUUUUGAGGUGAUUUAUAUCUAGGUACACUCCUUUUUUGGAAAACGUGCCUUUUAAGAAUAGUCUGAAAAAGGAUUCUGAUAAAUUGAUUAGUUGGUUGUGAAGAAUUAUCUGUAUUUUUAAUGUGAUAAAUAAAGAUAACAGCCUUUU